UUUCCACGCGGUUCUUAAUGAGUCUUAAUUGGGCUCCGCCGCGGUCUCGGAGCGAUGGAAGUUACUGUGCGCGUGCCGAUGUUCCGUUAUUUAAUCUGAAACGAUGUUGACAUUUUAUUUUUUAGUGAGACCAGUAUCCUUUGGGCGGGCGGGGGCUGUUGAAGAUGAGGCACAAGUUGGCGCGAGUUGAAGAUUUCUGCUACUGCUUAGACUUACUGGGAAAUCCUAGUGAGACGAAGGGGAGCUCUUGGAAGAAAGUUUUUGAUGUGUGUAGAGGCUGUGCGUCUGGCCAGCGACCUUGAAUGACAGACUCACCAGGAAGAAAAAAAUGGUUGAAGCAGAUCGCCCAGGAAAGCUCUUUAUUGGUGGGCUUAAUACAGAAACAAAUGAGAAAGCCCUUGAAGCAGUAUUUGGGAAGUAUGGACGAAUCGUGGAAGUACUCUUGAUGAAAGACCGAGAAACCAAUAAAUCAAGAGGAUUUGCUUUUGUUACAUUUGAAAGUCCAGCAGAUGCUAAGGAUGCAGCUCGGGACAUGAAUGGAAAGUCCUUGGAUGGAAAAGCCAUCAAGGUGGAACAAGCCACCAAACCAUCGUUUGAAGGUGGUAGACGCGGCCCCCCUCCACCUCCAAGAAGCAGAGGCCCUCCCAGAGGUCUUAGAGGAGGAAGAGGAGGAAGUGGAGGAACUAGGGGACCUCCCUCACAUGGAGGGCACAUGGAUGAUGGUGGCUAUUCCAUGAAUUUUAACAUGAGUUCUUCCAGAGGACCCCUUCCAGUGAAAAGAGGACCACCACCCAGAAGUGGGGGUCCUCCUCCUAAAAGAUCGGCCCCUUCAGGACCAGUUCGCAGCAGCAGUGGAAUGGGAGGAAGAGCCCCUGUAUCACGUGGAAGAGAUAGUUACGGAGGCCCACCUCGAAGGGAACCCUUGCCCUCUCGUAGAGAUGUUUAUUUGUCUCCAAGAGACGAUGGAUAUUCUACUAAAGACAGCUAUUCAAGCAGAGAUUACCCAAGUUCUCGUGAUACAAGAGAUUAUGCCCCACCACCAAGAGAUUAUACUUACCGUGAUUAUGGUCAUUCCAGUUCACGUGAUGACUAUCCAUCAAGAGGCUAUAGUGAUAGAGAUGGCUAUGGUCGGGAUCGUGACUAUUCAGACCACCCGAGUGGAGGUUCCUACAGAGAUUCAUAUGAGAGUUAUGGUAACUCACGUAGUGCUCCACCUACACGAGGGCCCCCGCCAUCUUAUGGUGGAAGCAGUCGCUAUGAUGAUUACAGCAGCUCACGAGACGGAUAUGGUGGAAGUCGAGACAGUUACUCAAGCAGCCGAAGUGAUCUCUACUCAAGUGGUCGCGAUCGGGUUGGCAGACAAGAACGAGGGCUUCCCCCUUCUAUGGAAAGGGGGUACCCUCCUCCACGUGAUUCCUACAGCAGUUCAAGCCGCGGAGCACCAAGAGGUGGUGGCCGUGGAGGAAGCCGAUCUGAUAGAGGGGGAGGCAGAAGCAGAUACUAGAAACAAACAAAACUUUGGACCAAAAUGCCCAUUCAAAGAAACAAACAAAAAGUGGAAACUAUUCUGUCAUAACUACCCAAGGACUACUAAAAGGAAAAUUGUGUUACUUUUUAAAAAUUUCCUGUUAAGUCCCCUUCAUAAUUUUUAUGUUCUUGUGAGGAAAGAAAAGUAAAACAUGUUUAAGUUUGAUUUUAUGACUUGCUCUCAACAAGCAAAUGUUUAAGUGUGUAAGGGUUGACUUGUACUAGUGUUGUAAUUUUCCAAGUAAAAGUCCCUAAAGGCCACUUCCUUAAUUUUCCCAGUAAAUAAAGCAAGCAAUUAUAAGAUCUUCCACAAACAUCUAGCCAUCUAGAUGUACAUUGAUCUCCAUUGAGAGAUGAACCAUUCUGCCUGUACAGACAAGCUAGCUAUUAGAGGGUGGUCGGGUACACUUAGGAUUUCAGGAUAUCUUCCAACUGAAAUCUCCAUGUUCUCAGUAUGGAAAAGCCUGAGAUCAGAUACCUAUGUAAGGAAAGUGCUAUUCGCCCAGUAAACCCACAAAAGCAAAUGGAUAAUGCUGGCCAUAAUUUGCCUUUCUGACAUUUCCUUGGGAAUCUGCAAGAACCUCCCCUUCCCCUUCCCCCAGUAAGACCAUUUUAAGUGUGUGUUAAACAACUACAGAAUACUAAAUAAAAAGUUUGGCCAAAACCAACCAUGAAGCUGCAAACGAUGCUUGCUCUUACUGUUUCAAAUUUUUGCAACUCUGUAGUGUCUCACUUUUAAAGGAACAGCUUGAUUGCAAAGGAGAAAUAGAUAAGCAAUGAAGUUAUCUCCAACUUCCUAAAGGCUUAUGACUUCUAAAAAGUGAAUCUAUCAGCAUUCCACAUCAGAUUUAAAGCAUCAAAUGCCUGUGAAACAGCAAAGAUGGUAAGCAAAGCAAACUAGUUUUUCCGUCUAAGUCGAAAUUGAACAGUUACCUUCCUCAUAGUACAGUGAAACACUGUACCUCAUUGGCAAUGGAAAUGCCUCUAGAUUUAAAAAAAAAA